CUUGGGGUCUACUUGCCCACGCGUUGUUCAAGACACGCGAUUCCAAUUCGAUUCCUUUUAAGGAAAUCAAAAGCUUAUCUGCCACAUUUAUACAUGUUACGGAUCAGCAUCAAUCCAGAUCCAAGCCAAUGAAAAACCGAAGAGAUGAUAUCGUACGAAGGCAUGUAUAUUCCUACACCCCACAUGGACGAAGUACAUAGUUAUGCUCGCAGAUGCUCCCAGUGGCGCGUGCCCCAAUGCCUAGGGGUGCAAAGAGGGUUCCACGGUGGGGAAGAUAAAAAAACCGACCCCUUAUGGGGAAACGGGAGCCACACCUGGCACUCAAACACCAUUGGCGUGAUUUCCAUGAUGAUUCUACACUAUUGUAUCCUCCCCCAUGGAAAUGCAAAUGGGGGGUGACGAAUACGCCACUGUGGAACCCGCUCUAGGGUCCCAUUCAAUAAAUGGUGACUCUCUAUAUGGUGAACAUAUUCCCAUAUAUAGUACAGAGGGUACGGUUUGUCGGUUACACAUGGUGAGCACAUGCCAAACCUUCAGGAUGCCUAUACGACUUCAAUACUAUGGGGGUUGAACGGGGGGUCACAUUUUCAUGGGACUUGGCUUAUACGACGCGACACCUGGCUGGGGAAAGGGGCGACCAGGAGUGAUAGGUCGUCUUUCCGAUAGGGAAGGGAUACGGUCAACUCCUCCUCCCGGAAAGUCGGAAGUCCCGUCAAGUCAGUCGCGCGCUGAACUUCAAGACGAUAUAAAGUCGGGAUGUUUUGAAUUUCUUCUGGUGGUUUCGAGGGGGUUGAUAAUGUAUUACUCGCAUGGGGGUUGGUAGUGGGGCUACGGAUACCAUAAGGCGCCUACGCCACGCGACCGGUACGUGGGUCGUUGUGCUCUAGUGAACAGUGAUGAACACCCCAGUGAACUCUGCUUAUUAAACUUCGUGUAGACUCUUCUUCCAUUACUUUGGAGUUUCGCUACCGGGAACUUGGUUUCGCUUUGAAGUGUCAUUCCUGUGCGUGAAACCUGUUAAUUGAAUUUUUUAAUUAAAAUAUAGAGCAAGCCUCAAGAUGAGUGGUUUUAAAAGACAUCAAAGUAAAGUGUUUUGGAGUUACAUGGCUUCUCAGGAUGUGGGACAGACUCCUUUUCCACAUAGAGAUGUGGACCAGCCUAGAUCACUUCCUAGUUUUUAUUGCAAUCUGAAUGCGACAGCUGAUGACGGUGAAGAAAGUUUACGUGGAUACGAUUCAACUGAUGGAUUGCACCGAACAGGCAAUAUCACUACAAUCAGGAUUGGUGAAGAGGAUUCCAAGCAGCAACCGGAUAUUAGGACUCCGUCACCUCAGAUGGACAAGGAUAUGGAUGGGCUACCAAUGAGUAAAACGAGCUCGGACGAGACGUCGUGUUCAGGAGCAGUGGCACAGGAACCUCACGAAGAAGUUGUAUCCCAGGACAGAUCCUACAGUCCUAACAGUCAUGGUCAUCGGAGUCAGGACUCUGGUUUCUCCGACUCGGAGAGAUCCGAGAGUCCCGGUAUCUGCGGAAAUAGUACUCCCAGAAGAAGGCGAACCAACAGACCCCGGGAUAGAAGACGCAGCAAACGAGUAUAUCCUAAGCGGCUGGAGUCGCCCUGGAAGGACAAUGAAGUACCACCGCAUCCUGCACACACAUCCACACCUAAGCAGUCAUCCUUAAGGAUUAAAAAUGAUUCUCUAGCUUGUAGAAUUCGACCUCGGCUUAAUCCGCUCUGUUUUAAUCAAACUGACGAUGCUGGUGGACGUGACACUUCCGGUGAUAUUUCUGUGUCUUCCCUUGUCGAGGAAUGUCUUGGUGAAUUUUUAUACGCCGCUGAACCACCUGAGGAUGCUGAUGUUACUGGAGGGAUUGCGAGGAGUUGUGACUCUUCGGCUGGACACAGCCACGAAGAAGAUGCUUCUACGAGGGUUGAAUCUUUGGCGAGGACUUUGGAGGAUACUGGUAGUUUUAGACAGCUGAAUGCUGUCAGGGCUUGGCUGGGUGAUCUUGCUAUGGAAACCGAGGGUGAGUGCACGGCUACUCUUCAGAGCAAGGCACUCCCUAGGAGACAACUGCAGGAACCGUUAUCCGAGGAGCUGCAGACCAGAGAUCUGAGGUUGCUUACAUCCUCGGCGACUGCCGCAGCAACGAGACUUCUUGUCAAGGCGGAAAAAUUUGAUCGGCAUUAUGAGCUGGUGGUUGAUAAAGUGACGCAUCUAGAGAAUGCUAAAUCCGAACGGGAACUUCUCAGAUCCAUUGAAGAACAUGCUUUUCGGGUACUUUCUGAGCUCGGGGCACCUCCUCCGAGAAGAAUACAACCUAGCAGUCUGCGGACAAUAAUCGCCCAGUUGGAAAGUUUGAGGAACGACGUGGACAAAGCGUUAGAUACGAGACUAGACUUCUAUAUAGAGAGAGUAGUGCGUGGCCUAGAGGAAGCUCCUCGAGAAGGAGGCAGCGCAGCGCGUGGCGCACUGGCUGCAUUGACGGCCUUAGGAUUGGCAGGAUCACGAGCAGGAAGCAGCAUAGCCCGCUGUUCCGGAGUAAGAGCCCUCCUUACUUCUCUUCUAUCGGCAGGACGUCUAUCCAGCGACUUAAGAAGUGCAUCCUUGAGAGCCCUAGCCAGUGUAUGCUGCUGUCCAACAGCUAUCGAAUGGUUUGCCCGAGAUGGCGGUCCUGAGAUCCUGGUGGAUCUUCUUGCAGCUGAGUCAUCACCGGAAACUGAGAAAAUGGAGGCUGCAGCUCUAGUCGUACAAGUCACUGCGCCUUGGAUAAAGGCCAUAGGUCUUCCACAUCUAGAACCAUUCAAGGAUACUCUGGUGCAAUCUCUGACACGGCUGGCUGAGAAUACGUCCUGCGGACAAACUCUUCUUUUGGCAGCAGCAGCUUUACAUCAUUUAUCCAAAUCCAGGAAGUGCAUAGCGCCUAUUUUGGAACAUGAUACAGUGCGUACACUUUUGAAGUGCGUAAAAAAAUCCGCAGGUGGUAACGUUUGGCUGAUGGAACAAGUCGCGUCACUGAUUGGUGAACUCGCAAGAAUACCGGAAACCCGCGCUCAUUUAGCUAGAGCUCGAGCUUCCGUCGCUCUCGUCUGUUUCUUGAGAAUGCGACCUCCAGGUCUCGAGGAUGCUUAUCAAAGAUUGGAAGUGACUGCUGCCGCUGCUUUGACCAGACUCUGUGUGGAUCCGGAAAUUGCUAGACAGGUCGUCGCUGUAGGAGGUGCGGAUUGUCUUCCCUCGUAUAAGAAGAAUCAUAUCCUUGAUGCGGACGAUGAAGAGGCGGGUUUACUCAAAUAUACAAAGUCUCUGAGGAUGGCUUGUAAAAAAGCAGCCAAGCAAAUUGACUUUGCCAAAGCGUGCGAUUAUAGUAUUGGCUAAUAUAGACGAGACACAAGGAAUAAGAAAAUGUAUCACAGCAUUUUUUUAUAUAAAAAUUUAUAAAUUUAUAUUUUGUAUAAAAAAUAUUUUACUGGUGUAAAAUCAUCACACGAUCAUCUUAUCGCUACAUAAUAAUUGUGAUCAAUAUAUAUUUAUGACAUAUCACUUAGAAAUAAUUAACCGCGUUAAAAUUAUCACAAUAAAUGUUCAUAGUGAUUUUA